GUCACAGCCGCACAGUCACAGCCACUUACCCCGCGUCCCCGCAGCCUCGCGCUCCCCGCAACUUCCGCCCAGCCACCUCGCCGCUUUUCCCGCUCGCCUUCCUAACGCCCGGCAUCUCAUCGAGCCGACGAUCUCGAUCUCACGCUCCUUCCGUGUUUCCAGCAGCGCGAUCUCCCCGUUCCCCGCGUCGACAUGGCGUGUCCCGGCGCCCGCCGCGAGGGUCUGAGGCUCCUGCGAUCGAUCUGCGACGUCGGCGUCGUCGCCGCGUCGCGCGCUCCCGCGACUCACGGCGCGGCUGCCGCGAUGUCGAUGGCGCAGCAGGUGGUGGGCGGUGACAUCGCUCCUGCUGGCGCGCGUUUUGCCUCGCAGCUCGCAGUGCGCAACCGCAUGAAGUCGGUGCGCAGCAUCCAGAAGAUCACAAAGGCCAUGAAGAUGGUGGCGGCGUCCAAGCUGAGGGGCGUGCAGGGCAAGACGGAGCAGAGCCGCGGCAUGUGGCAGCCGUUCACCGCGCUGCUGGGCGACAACCCCACCCUGCUGACCCCGCGCACGCUCGUUCUGGCAGUGUCAACGGACAGGGGGCUGUGCGGCGGCAUCAACUCCACCGUGGUGAAGCACAGCAAGGCCGUGUCCGCCAUCUCUGCGCCCUCGGAGGAGAACAAGUCGGUGUUUGUGAUCAUGGGCGAGAAGGCCAAGCUGCAGCUGCAGCGGGACCCCCGGAAUGUGAUCGAGAUGACCAUUGCUGACACGCAGAAAGUGGGCAUCAACUUCACACAGACGUCCAUGAUAGUGGAUGAGAUCCUCAAGAACGUUGAGUUUGACGCCGCUCGCAUCAUCUACAACCGCUUCAACUCCGUCGUCGCGUUCGUCCCUACCGUCUCCACCGUGCUCUCGCCUGAGACGCUCCUCAAGGAGGCGGCGGAGGGCGGCAGCGCCAGCCAGCUGGCGGAGUACGAGAUUGAGGGCGAGGAGGGCCAGGAGGAGCUCUUCCAGAACCUCUCGGAGUUCCAGCUGGCGUCGACGCUGUACAACGCGCAGCUGGAGAAUGCGUGCAGCGAGCAGGGCGCGCGCAUGUCCGCCAUGGACAACUCCUCUCGCAACGCCUCCGACAUGCUCGGCCGCCUCACUCUCUCCUACAACAGGUCGCGCCAGGCCACCAUUACCACGGAGCUUAUCGAAAUCAUUUCAGGCGCUGCUGCUCUGGAGGGCUAAGGCCAUUGUGUUUAAUGGUGCCAAUUGUGGCUUUAACGUUGGUGCUUGUUGCUGCUGGAGAUUGCAACUUGUAGCAGUUAGAAAACCCUUACUGUCUACUCUCAACCUGGCAUAGUUGAACCCUUAGCUGAAUCUGGUAUUGCUGUGCUCGUGUCAUCAAUGGUAAAUUUGGUUGUUAGUGUCCAUCCAUAUGUUACACCUUAUUAGCAUAUUGUAAAAUUCCCACCAUGAUAAGCUGGUGUCUGCUU